CAGCAAUCAUUCCAAGGGGUUGAAGUGAAGUAGAGAUGAAAAGACAUUCCGGUUUCGUCACCCAACGCCUCUUGUCAUUUAACCCCAUCUACUCAAAUCAGCUACCAAUUCGAAUUUUGAAACCCAAAAAGAGGGCCCAAAUCUGCAGCUUCCCAACGUCCUUCUUCAAACAGGUCCUGGAACCGGAGCUCCGCUUCUUCAUUACCGGGCUUCACCACACUGAUCAGUGAUCAUCCAUCACUCUGAUACCUUCUCUUCCACCAGUUAAUGUUCUUUAACCCAACCGCUCAUUGUCCGUACCAGAGGUUUUUCCUCUUUCUCUGUCUUUGUUUGUGAGUUUACUUUGCUUGCUUUCUUUGCUUUUGUGAAAGUUUUGACCUUUGUCUUCUAGGAUUUAAAGUGUGCUUAAGCUUCUGUCUUUUUCUUUUUUUCUUUGGGUGGAUUGAGGAGAAAGUUUUUUGUCUUUGAUCAAUGGAAUGGCUCCUGCUCAUGAUAUGAAUGUCUUCAUUUGUUGUAAUUUUUCCUGUUGUUUAUCCAUCUUAUUUGAAGUGCUUCACUUUUGGCAUCGAAAUGAUCCAAAAGUUUUUGUCUUUGCAGCUCCAUUCCUGACAUUCUGUCUAUGGAUGACCCUGUUUACGAAAUCAUGAACCCCUCUGAGAUCCCUGGAACCUCCUCUUCUCCGGUAAUCAAAGGGGUUUAGGGUAACUUCUCUAUUUUAUCAGUCAAUUCUGUCUUAAGGCGGCAUUCUGAAAUUUCUGUAUGCAGGAAUCAUCGAUAACCAAACACCAAAGUUUAAUUGACGAAAAUGUUGCAGGCCCGGUUGUCCCUUUGAUUAGGAAUCCUAAGAUUUCUUUACUAUAUGAGAUUGAAGGUACUUCUCGUCCCAGGAUUACUAAGCUUUCUGAUACGAAGAUCAUCAGAAAAAUCAAGGAGGGACUUCCUGAAAAUGACUGGAAUGAGCUGACUGCGGGAUGUUUUGGGAACAUCCUUAAACUGGUAGAACAAGUUCAAUUCUCAGCUCAACUUGUAUUCCACUUGUUGUCCAAACAAAUUAAGACAAGCAGGAAACAUGAGCUGUGGUUUCUCAUAGCUGGGAGACCCUUGAGAUUUUCUUUACAAGAGUUUGCUAUUGUAACUGGAUUGAACUGUGGGACCUGGACUAAUCCCAAAGGGGACAAGGAGGAGCUGAAGAUUCUUGGGGGAGAAAGAUGCCAAAUUGGAAAUUUACAAGGAAUAUUUGAGAAGGCUGAGGGGUUGGACAAGAUGAAGAUUGCUCUGAUAUGGUUGUUGGAGGGCGUACUACUCGGGCGAGGUUCGACCAAGUACAUCAGAACCGAAUAUGUGGAGAUGCUUCAUGAUAUGAGACAAUUCAAGGAGCUCGCUUGGGGCCGUGUCAUCUUUGAUGAUUCGCUCAACUCUUUAAAGGAGAUGUUUCAACGGAGGAAGACUAUUCAGCCCUCUACACAAAAAAAUGAUAGGAAAGAAAACUAUAGUUUGUGUGGGUUUCCAUUAGCCUUGCAGGUAUGGGCUUAUGAGGCUAUCCCCGGGAUUGGUGAAACAUUGGCUAAGCCAAUUCACACUGAUCUCAAUGAGGGACCUUUAUGCCUCAACUGGUCUGCACCAAAGACCUGGCGUUAUGAAGAAAUAUCACUUCAGUUCAAUAAAGUUGAUGUGAAUGAUAAAGAUCAACUUAAAUCCAUACUGACUACCGAGCACUAUGAUUUGGGGCAUUUAACGUAUGAGGAUGAUCAAAUUAGUUUAAUCAUGGAUAACAUAUUGAAGGGUUAUGACUAUGAAGUUACUGUAGUUAAAGAGAGUGUCGAAAGGUUAGACACUGCUGCUGAGGGUGAUGCUGCAGCUUCUGGAGUUUCAAGGCAUACAUCCGAAGAAGGAUUAUCGGCUUCAGAUGAAAAAAGGACGGAAUCAGUAGAAACAAUAUUAGCCGAGCUACGAAAGGCCCUCAGCUUGGGCUCUCAGGUUGUCCCCGCUGCUGCAACUGCUGUUUCAGACGAAGAAUGGAAGAAACGCGUGGAACAUAGGUUAGACUGCUUGGAAAAGGCUGUUCACCAGUGGGUUUCGCUGCCAGCCUAUGCUGUUCCCCUUGCUGAUAGUCAUGAAUACUCCAAAUUUGACUGCAAAUUUUCUGCUGAGAACAUCUAUUCGAGCGCGCCUUCUGAAGGUUUUUCUUCCCCUGAUCUUCGUUCUGUCAAGGAAAAAUCAGAUAUUGCAAACUCUCCUGUCAAACAGGUUGGUUUGAUUCGGAAGGCCUGGAAAUUUUUGUGGUAAAUCUGAUUAGAUAGAUAUAUUUGUCACUGCAGCAUCAGUAAUGCACAGGAAAUCCUUUGGGAUAACUUGCAUGUUUAAUACUUUGGCCAAGACUCUUAUCUUGGGAUUGGGACGAGAAAAAGUGAGUCCUACUAUGUUUAAAUGUAAGUAUUUAGUUUAACGCUAACAAUUAGUGAACAUCUUCCUUUGGAUUCCCCUAGCAUUGGAUCCUUAAUCAACGUUUAAAUAUUUUUCUCUAUGCAUGAAAUGUGUCAGUUUUGACUUAUAGAAUCAGGUUUUGUUGUUCUGGGACUGAAUAUUUUUAUUUGCACCUUUGCCUAAAAAUAUGGAAAAACGGGUGUGGUUUGUUUAUAGUUUAUACAACGAUG